ACGUAAAAUUACAGAGAUAUUUUUUAAAUUUUAUCCUGAAUUAAUUAUUAGCUUAUUGCAUGAGUCGAGAUAUAUCCCAAACUUAAGUAAGAAUCUUUCCUCUUAGAAUUGAAAUGGGCCACAAAUAAAUUGUGGCAUUAUAAAGAUGAAGAGAUUAUUAGAUAGCUUCAAUCUAUAAUAUUAUUCAUAGACUAAAUUAAUUAUAUAGUAACACAUUAUAUUUUUCAUUAAGUGUUUUAAUUGCAUUGGCUAGUUUAUAAUCAUAAGUGAUUAAUAGUAAUAAAUAAAUCAAUUGAUGUAAUUAUUAUAUCUAAUAAAAAAUAUCAUAUAUUACUGUAGAAUUGAUUUAAUCUAUUGCACAGACGAGGAAGUAGACACCUGUUUUUAAUGCUCUAAAAAUAAAACGUCUUUCACAGCAUAAAAAGUCUUCGUAACUCCCAGCUUCCCUCUUUCUCUUCUUCAUACAAAAAAAAAGAAAAAAAAAACUUUCACAUUCCUCUCUGAUAGUCCUUCUCCUUGUCUUCUCCAAAUAGCAAACAAAAAUGCCACGAAACUUUCAUCAAGCACUGGAUAACUUGAAAAUGCCUGCCUUGAUGGAGAAUGCCAAGUUUGAAUGCUACUCCAUUAAGAACUUGCCUGUGGAUUCCUUUCUGAAUAGAUUUGACGAUUCUGAAUAUCUCCGUCGGUCAGGUGAUAUCUCUAUCUCGUCACUUAUGUUGAGCGUGUUUGUUAAUUGCUAUGCUAAUGAUCUGUUAUUGAUAGCAGAUUCAAAAACUUACAGCAUGUUGAGUGAUGAAACUGUAUACUAUUUUAUUGUGAGGAAAGUGAUGGUUUUACGCUCAUGUUUAAGUGAGAAUGUGGAUUCUAGCUUGAAAAUCACUCUCAUGUAUGCAGCAGGGAAGUGUGUUUCCGUGGAACAAUGCUCAGGUUUGCUUAGCAAUAUGCGCGAGAAUAUCAAAUUCUCUUUAACAAGUUUACCUGAUUUCUACAACUACUUUUCUCAUACUUAUAUUCCAGGAAGAAGCGGGGGAAUGCAGGAGAGGAGUGUUUUCCCUUGCAUUAACCAUGACGACACAGAUCUUUCCCUGGGAUGUUUGAAGGAAGAGUUGGGACGUACUGAUGAGCAAGUAUAUGAGCUGCUCACUCACUGCGCCUUCAGAGAAGCUGUGUUGCCACAUAAGACUGCAAAACAACAAAGAAUCUCAUUUCGCUACGAUGUAGCUAGAAAUAGAGGUGGAAAUGAUGGAGAAGUUGGAGGCUCUCGUGGAAAUGGGCCUGGUGAUGGUGCAGGUGCUGGUGGUGAUGGUGAUGGUGCAGGUGGUGGGGGUGGUGGUGGGGGUGGGGAUGGCGGCGGCGUUGCCAAUUUCUUAAACAUUCCGAUAUUCUCAAGGACCCCUGGGAACCCGUUGCAACUAUUGAGCCACUUUCUGUUGCUUCCAGAAAUGAAUCGGAAUCAGGUCCUCACCGCCCUCCACCAUGUGUGGUGUAACUUUGCAAAUGAACAGCCACGCCAGAAUAUCACUCGGGAGAGUGUGUGGCCAGGUCACAGGGUUAUCUUCCAAGGUCUGCUGAAUGUGUACGAGCCUAACCCUGUUGAAGAGGAUUAUGUAGAAUUGGAUUUUGAAGGCGAUUGGGCGUCCUUUCAAUACAGGAUUGAGCAGAUUAUCGUUGAACCAUUGGCAGCUUGAUAUAUCUGAAAAAUGAUUGGAGAUAUCUUGUCAGUGCUGUCCUUUCUUCUCUUCCUCCGAACUUCGUGUUAGUCAGGAAUUAUUUCAGAAUUUCUAGUCAGAAAGUAGUGAUUAAUAAUGCUAAAGAGUCAGUUGUCUUCAUCUUCUAUAUUGUUUUAGGAAUUGAAUUCUUUUGUUUGGCAGAAAAAUAGAUAUACAGAAACUUAUUACACGUAUAGA